AACUAGCACCAAGAAAAUCAAAAGCUAGCAUUACCUAAACCGUGCUCCAGUUCAACACCCAAAACGGCACGGGAGGAUGUCAAAACCGAACACGAUUCAACAUUUCACGCAUAACCAUCCCUUGACCGAAGCUAACGUUGUAGGAACAUACACAUGCAAUGGUUGCAAACUGUACGGAGACGGCAAGACAUACCGGUGCAAGGACUGCGAUUACGAUCUCCACGAAUAUUGUGCCACUUGUCCUGCAACCCUCAGAUACUCAUGGCACGCGCCUGAUCAUGAGCUAAGCCUCAUCACCGGUCCCACGCACAUGGCCGAGCGUGGAUGCUAUGUUUGCCGAGUCUACAUCCAAGGGAUGUUCUACAAAUGCAAGCACUGUAGUUUUGAAUCUCACCCGCAUUGCGCACACGGUCCGAUGCAUGCGGCCUCGUCUCCUCGUGCAACAACCAUAGUGAAGCAGAGAAGCUUGCAUGACCACGCGGGACAGGGACAACCAUCGUCGCCGCACCAUUAUGGUCAAGGAAUCCCUUUUGGUUAUGGACAUAUGGAUCCGUAUGGGCCAUUCCCUCAUGUUGGUGGUCAUCAACCUCAGCAUCCGUACAUGAACCCGAGUUCUCCAAAAGCAAAUCCCAGUCCAGACUCAAGCAAGGGUAAGAAGAAACCGGGAGGAUUUUUGGGUCCCCUCAAGGCUGCUUUAGCUGUAACUGCUACGGUAGCAGGCCAGGUGGCCUUUGCAACAAUGACCGAUGGAUAUACAGAUACUACUGCAUAUGAUACUACUGCAUAUGAGUAUUCAGGCAUGUGA